CGCGCCGCCGCCCGGCGGACCUGGCCGCGCCCCACGGCCGGGGAGCCGCAGCCCGAACGUCCGCGCGCUGCGGGCCGGCCGACGAGGGGCGCGCGUCGACGCACGCACCGCGGAGCCGCCUCGGAGCAUGUGGAAGCUGAGCCGGAGCCGGGUGCUGCUGGACGAGCCCCCCGAAGACGAGGACGGCCUGCAAGGGGGGCCGCCGCCCGCCGCCGCCUCCGCGGCCUCCGCGCAGGUUCAGGGAGCAAGUUUCCGAGGCUGGAAGGAAGUGACUUCUCUGUUUAAUAAAGACGAUGAACAGCACCUGCUUGAAAGAUGUAAAUCCCCCAAGUCCAAAGGAGCUAACUUACGGUUGAGGGAAGAGCUGAAGACAGAGAAGAAAUCGGGAUUUUGGGACAAUUUGGGUUUAAAACAGAACAUACAGUCGAAGAAGCCAGAUGAGAUCGAAGGCUGGGAGCCUCCCCGACUUGCUCUGGAGGACGUGAGCGCUGGGCCGGGCGACCCCGCGAGCGGCCGCCCGUCCGGGCCGGGCUGGGAGGAGGGCGCUGGCGGCUGCAGCAAAUACACCAGCCUGGCCAGCUCGGGGAACAGCUCGCGCUGGAGCCUCCGGUCGGCCGGGAAGCUGGUUGGCAUCCGACGGCAGAGCCGAGGCCACCUGACCGACGACUGGGAGGAGCUGGAGUGACCUGCGGGCACGCCGCCCCCCAGAGGGGCCCGCGCAGCCCCUCUGGUGGCGUGCGGGCUCUCGUCUGCUGAUUCCCGGCGUGUCCGUUUGCGUCGGGGCGUCCGGGCCUUGCGUGUGGACGGCGGGGGCUCUCCUCUGCGUGCCCACAUUUGGACUGUCCCCCUCCGCGGGCUUGGCGGGGGCCCCCAGAGGGUGCGUGUGCGUCCGAGGCGGCCCCACGACAGCCCCCACAGCUUGGCGUCCGGCCGCGGAGCCGCCUCGCGCGGUCUUCAUCAUGUCCCCCGCCCCCCGCAUGUGGCAUCCGUGCGCCUCUGUGACUCUCGAGACCGUAGCAGCCGCGCCGUCCUCCCGUCAGCAGGAGUCCGUCAUCCGGGCACCAGACCCGUCUUCCCGAGGUCACGUUCAGUUGCAUUUAACCCGGUUAACCCAGCAAGUUGAACUUCUCAUUUUAGAUACCGGGAAAGCAGAGGCUACGUUUGGUCAAGCGUGAAAUGCCACCACGUGCACACGUCUUUGUCUUGUGCCCUGGGAGGAGGGGGUCUCGUGUGCGUGCUGGGUGGUGGCUGUGGUCUCGACCCGCGUGCGUGCUGGCUGGUGACCAAGCGUGCCUGUCACUGGUCCUGAACUUCAUGGCUUGAUCUUCACAUUCUCUGAUUGCAGGUUAAGGAACCAUAAAGUGUGGAUCCGUUCAGCCACUGAGUUUAGACACUCUUGUGUUUGGCAAAUCCCGACUUGCUGAUGGAGUUUAAACUGUAUAAAACACUGCAAGUGCCUCUC